AUGAAGUCCAUCAUGAAGAUCGCUGGCGCCGCCAUCAUCGCCUUCAUGGCUACCACCGUCGCCGGCUUGCCGGCCACCACUGGCGCCGAGAACCAAGCUCCGGCUGCCAUCGUCGCCGAGAAGGCUGCUCAGACCAUCACCCCUAGUGGCUGCAACCCACCAGCUUGGGACCGCUGCAGCGCCGAGGAGAAGCAGUACCUGCUCGACCACGCCUGCGACUUCCGCCUGUGCCUCAUGGCCGGCAACUGCACUCCCUGCUAA